AUGGCUAAAACCCCUGAUGCGGCGUGGGACUAUUUUAAGGAGUUAUCUGAAAAAACUCAAAACUGGGAUUGCUCGGACCCUUCUGAAAAAAAUGUGGUUAAUCCGGUUCCGAGCAAUUCGGGUAAAUUUCAAUUGAAUGAGCAAAAUGAGCUAGCCCACAAGGUCGCCCAGCUUUCCCGCCAAAUUGAAACUUUACAACUCAACAAAGUUGCUGGGAUGGCCUCCGUGGCCAAGGCGGAGGAAAUUUGUGUGUUGUGUGAAAUUGCAGGUCAUGCUACGGGAGAUUGCCAAAUGCUCCUUGCUGUUAAGGAUAUUCUUAAAGGAACCGGGCAAGCGGAGGUCAAUGCCGUUAAUCAACGGUUUGACCCUUAUUCUCAAACUUUCAAUCCGGGGUGGAAGAUGCAUCCUAAUUUCCGGUGGAGCGAUUCUCAACCUCUCGGACCUCCACAACGAUCCAUGGAGGAUAUUAUGUCAUCUUUCAUGCAAAGCCAAACGUCCCUCAACGAGCAAACCACUCAAACGCUCGGGGAGAUCAAGAAUCAAAUGGCAAAGUUGACUAAUACGGUAGGGAUGCUCCAACAAGAAAAAGGGAAACUUCCGACUCAACCCCAAGCGAAUCCGCAAGGAACAAAUUAUGUGGCGAGCUCUUCGGUGCUUAGUCCCGAGCAAGCCAAGUCUAUUACAAUUUUGCGGAGUGGCAAGGAGAUUGACAAGGCCAUUCCUUCCAAGCCCAUCAAGCCUCCGCAAGUGCGAAUCAAUAUCCCGUUGGUAGAUGCGGUAAACCAAAUUCCUACUUAUGCCAAGUUUCUCAAAGACUUAUGCACUCAAAAGCGUAAGUUGAAUGUUCAAAAGAAGGUUUUCUUGACGGAACAAGUGAACGAUGUCAAACCCUCUCGCCAACCACAACGCCGGUUGAAUCCCAUAAUGAAAGAUGUGGUGAAGGCGGAGGUUUUGAAACUUUUAGAUGUGGGAAUUAUCUAUCCGAUUGCUGACAGUAAAUGGGUUAGUCCUAUCCAAGUGGUCCCCAAGAAAUCCGGUGUCACGGUGGUAUCCAACGCCAACAAUGAGUUAGUCCCUACUCGAGUCACCACCGGGUGGCGUGUAUGUAUUGACUAUCGGAAGCUUAAUGCUAGCACCCGGAAGGACCACUUCCCUCUUCCUUUCAUUGAUCAAAUCUUGGAGCGGGUUGCGGGACAUGCUUAUUAUUGCUUUUUGGAUGGAUACUCGGGAUAUAAUCAAAUUGAGGUCGCCUUGCCCGAUCAAGAAAAGACGACGUUCACUUGUCCUUUUGGGACGUUCGCUUAUCGACGCAUGCCAUUCGGCUUGUGUAAUGCGCCCGGAACCUUCUCACGGUGUAUGAUGGGCAUAUUUAGCGAUAUGAUUGAGAAGAUCCUCGAGGUAUUUAUGGAUGAUUUCUCGGUGUUCGGCGAUUCAUUUGACGCUUGCUUGGAAAAUUUGGAGAAGGUUUUGACAAGGUGUGAGGAGAAAAACUUGGUGCUCAAUUGGGAGAAAUGCCAUUUCAUGGUAACUCAUGGUAUCGUUUUGGGCCACAUUGUAUCAUCAAAGGGGAUCGAAGUCGACAAGGCCAAAAUUGAUCUUAUUGCCACCCUCCCGACCCCUAAAUGUGUCAAGGACAUCCGCUCUUUCCUCGGGCAUGCCGGUUUCUACCGGCGUUUUAUCAAAGAUUUUAGUGCAAUAUCUCGGCCGUUGUGCCACCUCCUUUCAAAGGAUGCUCCAUUUGAGUGGACUCCGGCCUGUGAAGAAGCGUUCAAGAAGUUGAAAUCAAGCCUCACUUCUCCCCCCAUUGUGCAAACGCCGGAUUGGAAUUUGCCCUUUGAACUCAUGUGUGAUGCUAGUGAUUAUGUGGUUGGGGCGGUUCUCGGGCAAAGGAAAGACAAAAAUCCAUACGUCAUCUAUUAUUCAAGCAAAACUUUAAACAAAGCUCAAAUGAAUUACUCCACCAUGGAAAAAAAGUUGCUUGCCGUCGUCUUUGCCUUAGACAAAUUCCGGUCAUAUUUGGUGGGGUCCCCUAAUAUUGUCUACACCGAUCAUGCCGCUUUAAAGUACCUUUUCCCGAAGCAAGACGCAAAAACACGGCUCAUUCGGUGGAUCUUAUUACUUCAAGAGUUCAAUAUCACGAUUAAGGAUAAGAAGGGGGUGGAAAAUGUGGUGGCGGAUCACUUAUCGUGCCUUGAAUUCGAGGACUCUUCCUCCAAGCUCCCAAUUGUUGAUACAUUUCCGGACGAACAACUUUUUUCCAUUUCGAGUUGCCCUUGGUAUGCCGAUAUAGUUAACUAUCUUGUCACCGGGCGAAUUCCGGAUCAUUGGACCCCACAAGAUCGGAGGUUUUUUCUUAGUGAGGUGAAAAGAUUCUUCUUUGAUGAUCCUUAUCUUUUCAAAUAUUGUUCGGACCAAAUUAUCCGGCGGUGUGUGCCCGAUGACGAAACCAACGGUCAAGCCGAACUUGCUAAUCGUGAGGUAAAGCACAUUUUGGAAAAAACAGUUAAUCCGAACCGGAAGGAUUGGUCACUUCGUUUGACCGAUGCCUUGUGGGCAUACCGGACCGCGUACAAGACCGUGUUAGGCGCUUCGCCCUAUCGGCUUGUCUACAGUAAGGCAUGUCACCUCCCCGUUGAGUUGGAACAUAAGGCAUAUUGGGCCAUAGAAUCUUUAAACUUUCGGUUGCCCGAUGCCGGCGCUCAUCGUAAACUCCAACUCGAUGAACUCGAGGAAAUCCGGUGGGAUGCGUAUGAUAACACCAACAUUUAUAAGUCAAAAGUCAAAGAAUUUCAUGAUAAGAAUAUUCAAAGAAAGAAUUUUGAAGUUGGGCAAAAAAUGUUGUUGUACAAUUCUAAACUCCAUGUUUUUCCCGGAAAAUUGCGAUCUCGUUGGGAGGGGCCCUAUGUUGUGCACCAAGUUUUUCCACAUGGUGCCAUUGAAGUCGUGAAUCCCGCAAAUGGUCAUAUUUUUAAAGUGAAUGGUCAACGUUUAAAACCGUUUUUGGAAAAUUUUGCGGUGGAGGACACGGUGGGGGAGUUAGUUGAUCCGGUUUAUCCGGAUGAUUCGUUGGCCCGGCCUCUUCGGGGGUACCCAUCAUUGACUUGGGUUAUAGCUUCGCACGCCGCUAUUCAAACAAGGGUGGUGCCCUUCGAAGCAUUUCCGUUGACGAACGGUGGCGAUGACAAAAAUCCUCCAACUUGGUCGAGCUGUGAUUUCGCUGUGGUAAUUUGGUUUUUGACUGGAAUUUCCGUUGAUUUUUGCUGCGAUUACGGUGGGAGGCUGAAAUUUUUGUUGAAAUCUGCUGGUUUCUGCUUUUUGGUGUUAUUUGCUGCAAUGGGUCGAUCAAAACUAAUGGCAGAUGGGAUUAAGUCUUACCGGGCAGACGGAACUAGAGUUCCAGGGUAUUGCAGGCCCGUAGACCCGGAGGUGGCUGCUGAAAGGGAAAUCGAACAGGAGGAGGCGGGGAGAAAGAGAAAAAGGGAUGAGGAGGAAGCUGAACGAAAGAAGUGGGGGUAUGGGCUAAAGGGCCGAAAAUUCACGUGCGAAAGACAAGUGGACAGUGCCAAGAUGGGGGCUCACCCUAUAAUUGAAGUCAUCAAUCAGAAUGGUUUACCUUUUUUCUUCUCAUCAAUUAAGGGCUAUAAACCCAAUCUAGUCGUGAAUUUUUAUGCAAACAUGGUUGUGUACAAAAGUGAGGAAAGGAUAGAGUCCCACAUCGGGAACAAGAAAGUAACCGUUAACCCCACAGUCAUAGCCAAGUAUUUGGGAAAUUAUCGUCGCCCUGAAGCCCACACUAUCACUUACCCAUCCGAUGGGUGGUCCAAGUCCGAAACUGAAAUUAUGAACACCCUCACGGACAAGUCACUGUUAAAGAAUAGGUAUGUUCAUGGGCGUUUGUUCGAGCUUUAUUGUGUGAUUAACAAGGUGGUGCACUUCAAUUUGUUCACCCAUGGUUCGGAGAAAAGGCCGCAUAAGUCGGACGGGGAAGUUCUUUAUGCUUUUGGCUCUGUGGAUGAGGUGGUUGAUUGGGCUCGGUGGAUUUGGUUAGAAAUGUUGAAAUUCAGGCAGCGUAGUACUUUUGGCGCCAAGGUCAAUAUUCCCUUCCCCACCAUGAUCACUGUAAUCUGCGAAAGCCAAGGAGUUCGUACCACUGAAAAAUUUACCCCUGGAUCCCCCGGUCCCAUUACAGGAGGUUCGGUGGAGAAGAGCAAAUCCAUGUCGAAGCCUCUGUUCUCAGCGGCAAGCAGCUCCCGCCCCAUCGCACCAAGAGGACCCGAAAGAAAUGAACAAUGGUUGAAGAUUUUGAUGUGCCGCUGUGACACAAUUCAGAAGGAACAGAGUGAGUUGAGGAAAGAAAUGGUGAAAGAGGUUAGGAGACGGAAGAAGAAGGAGGAUAAAAUGAUGAGAAUGUUGAAACAUAUGUCAAGUUGUGGUGUGGGGAGCUCUAGUGACCCCUAUGCCCCCACUCGAGAGGAUGAGGAGAACACCACAGAAGAGGAGGAGGAAGAGAUCAUAGCAGAUUAG